CGGAGGCCGGCGGAGGAUCCGAGGAACCGCCGCGGCACCUUGAAGGGAAAUGUCAAAUCCGGGUCAGCUUGCCUUUUGCCAACUGUAUUAGCGUGAAGAUUGCAGUCCCCCGUCACAUCUCUGCACCGUCUCCAGCAGCAGGCGGCCUUUAUUUCCUAAGGCUCUCGUUAAGGUUGAAGGGUAAGAACAGAUGCUGGAAGAUGUUCACGUUGGACAAAGGGAUUGUGGAGGAAUGGCUCUCAGAGUUCAAGACACUACCGGAAACCUCUGUAUCAAACUAUGCCAACAAUUUGAAAGAUAAGAAUUCUUUGGUUCCGUCUUUAUAUAAAGUUAUCCAGGAGCCACACAGUGAACUGCUUGAACCUGUCUGCCACCAGCUAUUUGAGUUCUAUCGCAGUGGGGAGGAACAGCUACUGAGAUUUACACUGCAGUUUCUACCUGAAUUGAUAUGGUGCUACCUCGCAGUUUCAGCCAGCAGAGAUAUGCAGAGUAGUGGAUGCAUUGAGGCUCUUCUUCUGGGUGUUUACAAUUUGGAGAUUGUUGACAAACAGGGUCAUAGCAAAGUGCUGAGUUUUACGAUCCCUUCCUUAUCCAAACCAUCAGUAUAUCAUGAACCUUCCAGCAUCGGCUCCAUGGCUUUGACAGAGGGUGCUUUAUCCCAGCAUGGUUUGUCAAAGGUUGUGUACAGUGGACCACAUCCUCAAAGGGAAAUGUUAACAGCGCAGAACAGAUUUGAAGUAUUGACGUUCCUCUUGUUAUGUUACAAUGCUGCCUUGACUUAUAUGCCUGAUGUUUCUCUUCAGUCCCUGUGCCAGAUAUGCUCAAGAAUAUGUGUCUCUGGAUAUCCGCGGCAGAAUGUAAGAAAAUACAAAGGUGUCAACAGCAGGAUACCGGUGUCUUCAGAAUUCAUGGUGCAGAUGUUAACAGGGAUUUAUUUCGCUUUUUAUAAUGGCGAGUGGGAUUUGGCUCAUAAAGCUUUGGAUGAUGUUUUAUACAGAGCCCAGCUGGAGCUGUAUCCAGAACCUCUUUUGGUUGCGAACGCAAUAAAGGCUUCUUUGCCUCAAGGUGCCAUGAAAUCAAGUAAGGAAGGUACAAGAUGUAUUCAGGUUGAAAUUACACCUACUUCAUCUAGAAUAUCAAGAAAUGCCGUAACCAGCAUGUCAAUUAGAGGGCAUAGGUGGAAAAGACAUGGUAAUACAGAUUUAACAGUUCAAGAAGAACUCAUGGAAAUCUCUGAAGUCGAUGAAGGGUUUUAUUCCAGGGCUGCAUCUAGUAGCAGCCAGUCUGCCUUAUCAAAUAAUAGCCAUGGUAUCACCGGCAAGACAAAUUUAGGAAAGACCCAACGAAGGUCUGGAGGAAUCAAAGGGGGAAGCAAAGAGAAAGAAGUCCCUGGGGAAUCGUGCAGAGAGCAUUUUGCCCGAAAACAGACUCAGAGAGCCGUGAGUGAGAACCUCGAGCUUCUGUCUCUAAAGAGGCUCACUCUUACCACUAGCCAGUCCCUGCCGAAGCCUGGUAGCCACAGUCUGGCGAGGACAGCCACUACCGUUUUUAGCAAAUCUUUUGAGCAAGUUGGUGGUGUUACGGUUCCACCCAAUCCGGCCACUCCCGUGAGUGUGGAUGCCAAUAGGUUUUCUGCCGGUAGUCUGCAGGAGGAGAAACUGAUGUACAUAUCAGAGAGAACCGAACUUCCUGGCCCAAACAAGCAUCCAUCCAGUCAGCCGAGACCUCCAAGCAUCAGCAUCACCCUCUCCACAGAUUGAAUUUGGACCAGAAGCACUGGGUGGGGGUAGUUCAUCGGUCCUGCCUGAAAAUCAAACACCAUUUCACCCACCUCUGCUGUCAACGGAAAUUCACAAUGUCUUUAAAGCCUGGGGGUCUGCCUGUGUUUGAUGGUAACGCUGACUUGGAUUCCCCAAAGUUGAAAUGUGUUUUUUGCAGUUUUCCCAGACACGUUUUGAGAUGUUUUUUUCUUCUUUGCUUUUGUCCCCUGAGACGGGCACCUGUGGCACUUAGUUGUGACAAAGAUCACAUGUGAGGUUGUGUGACUUUCCAUUUUACUCUUUAUAAGUGGUAUAUAUGACCUUCAGAGUGAAGGGUUAAAUUGGUCAUGUUGACGAAGAAUGGGGCAGUUGUGAGACUUCAGGAAUCUUUCUGUGCAAGUAGCCAGCUUAGAGUUAGUUGUGUUUGUAGCAGGCCUGCCAUUUCUGUUGGCAAUAGGCUAAAGAUCAGGGGGAAAGGAAGAGGAGAAAGAGUUUAGGAAUUGUGGAAUUUGGGCAGAGCCUUCUGCAGGAAGGUAGGAGUUGGUGUAGAGAGCUGUGAAGUACCUCUCCCAGCAGCCACAGCCCAAACUUCUGUCUCCCGACUCUUUCAUGACCUUUCCCUUCCCACCUCGUUCUCCCCGGGAGCAGCGGCUAAUCUGGAGUGGCGAGAGGGAGAAACUCCAUAACGCGUCUCUCAGGGCAGGGCCUGGUUGGGUUAUGGAAAAUCUUGCUAAUGCUCUGUUAACCAUCAUGUGAGAAGCAAACUCUGUGAAGCAGAAGUUAUUUAAGGUUUGAAGACAGGCUAUUUAAUAUUAGAACAUUGAUAAUUGUACAGAGCAUCCAUAAAAUGCCUCACUUCUCAGUAUUAGAGAUGCCAGGAGAUAUAGGGGGUUGGUUAACCUAUUGCCGUCAUCUGCGAGCGAGAUUUUUUAUUCCAAGAGCUUGUGGAGCCAGUAUGUUGCCUUUCAGUGUUCGCUCUAGGUGGAGCACGUCCAAAUACCUUCCGUUUCCUUUGAGACGGAGUGGGACACAUGUUGAUGAGAUGCACACUUCCAAAUGUCUCCUUCUGGACUUCCAGUGUGGAUUCAUUGAAAACGAUGGGCAUUCUCGUGGCUGGAUUAUCAAUGUGAACCGUGCAGCACCUCAGUAAAGGAAAGCAAAGCAGGAGAGCUUUGGUGAUUUUGAUUCUUGAAAAUAUUCAGUUCACGUUCAACUGAAAGAAGUUAAGUAAGUGAAAGCUUGGUAACUGUGGAAAAGAAACAGAAGUUUGCAAAGGAAAAUAAGGAUGUCGAAGACCCACUGAAGAACGAAGAAAAUGUGCACCCGUUUUAAGUUGUUCUGUUUCACGUUUCUUAAAAAAAAAUGAAACUAGAUAUCUGAAUGUGUCUGAUAUGUCCCACUCUGUUUCCUCAUGUUUCAGUUGUAUUUUUGUAACUGGGUUGAUUUAAAAUGACUUAUUGUUGCAUCUCCCACAGACACAAUUAUAAAAUAUUCAACUAAUGAAUAUGUAUGCUUGGCAGCAGAUUCUCACUUAGCAUUUUAGCCUUUGAUUUCAAAGAACGUUAUGUGUGUUAGAGGUCCCCAGAUCGUGGCUAAACUCUUUCCCUCAGUGGGCUACCACUAAGCAUCGGGGAAGAGGAAGUAAGAAGUAAUGUUGCAGCAAAGAGCAUGAGUGGGCCUGAGAAGAAAGUAAAUGGAGCUGUGUUUUUGGCUGUAAAGCAUCUCUGCUAUUCAGUGGUGAGAAAAGCCUGUUUGUCCCUUACUCCCAAACUCUUUCCUUUGGUACCCAGUUUACAGAAGUCAAAAAUGCCAUCACUACUAUAAGUGGUAAGACUCAUUGCUUACGAUUGCCAAGAUCUUUGUGGAUUUUCACUGCAAUUUUGGUUCUUCAAAACUUGGUGUGGUUUGCCAAGCACAAUAAUACCUUUGGAAAUUAGCCACUGCCCAGGAGUGUAAGUAGCUCUGGGCUGGGCUGGACCUCUUCACCCUGCUGCUGGCCGACCUGGAUUCCCUCUCUGCUUGACUCUUAGGGCAGCAGAGGAGACAGAUAGGGAGCUGGCAGGUUGGAAAGGCUGCUGUCUUUCAGUCAAGCGGAUGUGCUGACUUUAGGAUCUCCAAAGAUGUUGGAAGGGGGACUUGUAGUUCAAGGCAUAACAGAUACGUUGUCGUGCUGUAUUAUACUUUCCCAAGGGCUUAGUAGACUGCUUUCCACAUAGUAAGCACCCAAUAAAAAUCAUGACUGAUCGAUUGAUCAUGUGACAUAGCACAGUUACCAUUCAAGCCAAAAAAAAAAUUUAAAAAAUCUACAGACAGUUCCUUUCCAAAGAGACAACUGCCCCCAUCCAGAUAUGGCCAGUGCAAAUUAAUUUUAGGGCCCAUGUAGGGCCCCCAAUUAAGUGUUAUUGUAAGUUUCCUGUUGACUUCUGUAAUGAAGGAAAACUAGCAGCUUGUCUUCAUUUAGAGCUACCAGAAUAUGAGUAUCCUUUAGAAAUAGUAGUCGUUUUACCCUUUCAAGCUGGAUAAAUUGUUUUGUGGUAUUUCCAAAGGAGAAAUCCUUUAUUAAGCAUUGGUAGGCAAGCCAGUGAACUCAACAAGGAGAGGAAUCUCUUCUAGACGAUGCAAAUUAUAGAUCAGGACCAGGAUUCUAAUUCUGCAAAUCAAAUACCAUUGGUGGAUAAAUGAAGUAUCUGCAGUGUCAGAGUGGGCAAAUGGCUCAUCUCUUCCUCAGGCUUACAGAUCUAUCGCCAUAGACUGGUCAGUGCUCUCCCUCUCGAGUCCUCUUGAGCUACGAAAUGAAGUAUCCGUUUGAGAGUACUCCACAUUCUUUUCAUCAUUCUUGGCCGUCUUCAUCUUGAUUCUUUAGUUCUCUCUGUGUUGGAGCAGUCACUAUGCAAAUGAGCAUUACAAACUCAUAAUUUGAUUUAUUUCAUGCAAUCUAAGUAUGACAUUAUAUACGUUUUUUCAUUAACCAAAAAAGAAAGCCUAUUCUGUACAUGAAUGCUGUUAGAACAAAAGGCCUGUAUUUGGAUUGUAAAAUGUGUGUGUGUGUGUGUGUUUUCAUAAUAAGGCUCUCCAAGUCUCCCUAGGGAGGUAUACUCUUUGUUUUUAAGUAAUUUGCCCAUUAGCUUUCAGCCUUUUUAAACACUGACCCUAAAGCUCUUCAUAUCCACUUUAAAUGUUUAAUUUUAGACAGAAAUUAAAUAUUGGCAAGUUUUCGAAUAACUGUAAAAUGCUGGGUGGCUUUAGCAGUGGUAACAUUCAUUGAGCACCCUCUUGGUGAGGUGCACUGUACUAGGUGCUUGGGAAAUGCAAAAUAACAGAGUGGCACAUUCACUACCCACAAAGAGCCGACACUCUAAUGGAGGAGGUGGACAUAAAACUAUUUGUGAUAGCUGUAGCAUUAAAAUACAUUCUGGAUUCCUUAUUGGGUUUGUAAGUUGGGGAGGAUUGAGAUCCCUGAGGUGGUUAGACGCUGUAUUGGAUCCCAAAUGUUGCCAUAUGACCAACGAGUGUCGCUACCUGGUAGGAAAAGAUUGGAUGCGAAGUCCAAACUGGGAUCCUGUGAUUGAUAUGUCAGGGCCUGAGAGAACAUCUAGACUUUCCCCACUUUUUCCCCACAAAGGUAAUAGUUUGUCUGCUCUUCCCCAAGCUACUACGGAACUGUAGGAAACCCCAACGACAAAACAGCAUUUUGGAGGCCCAUGGGAUUCCUUGGGAAAGGCAGAAUGGAUUGGGAGUGGAAAUUCCCAGAGACCCUUGGCUCAGGCCGCUGUAAGUGGGGGGGUCAAGAUUCCCCCUAUUGGGGCAUCUACCAGCCCAAAGCCCCACUCAGGACUCCCAAUAUAAAACCCUAUCCCUUAGCAAGCAAUUUGCUUUUUGUGAAGUUGCUAAAGGUUAUUUGUUCUGAAGCAGCGUUAUCUUCCCCGUCCUUUUCAAUUAUGAAAUAAGUGCUCUUCGGACAUCACUCGUUCGGCAUUUUAAAGCUUGAAUGGUUUUAAUUGAAUGGAAGUUGAUUUUUUUUCAACAAUAUAGAGAUUUCCCAAUUUUAACAGGAUUACUUAUUCUUUGGAUGAAAAACAUUUUCAUAUUUAAUGUGUUAAAUUGAUUAGUGGUUCGGAGAAGAAAAUGGAUCCCAAGAGAUGUGAUUUUUUUGUUGAAGCUUAAAUAAGUACUUUAAAAGUAGCCGAAGCUGACAUCUAAAGUAAGAAAGAUUCCACUUGUGAAGUGUUUCCUGAGGAACAUAAACAUUUCAAAUCAGUAUUUUUCUCAAUUGAAAUAAAAAUGUAACCAGGGGGAUUCCUCAAAAUCAGAUAGUUCAUAGAUGUUCUUUAUACAUUUGUUUUGUAUUAACUUCGGUCUAAGGAGAAAAUCAUUUGUUGACAUUUCGUAAGUAAAGAUAAGAGAAAAAUAUAUAUUUUUUAAAUCUGGGGAAGAAAAUGGUAACUACUGCUCUUUGAUUAGCAGUGAAAUUACGUUCAAUAUUGUUGAUUGUUUCAUAUUGUAUUUAGGUAUUUUUCAAUUCCCAAAAUAGAUGCGUAAUAUAUUUUGUUUUGUCUUAUUGUAACCGUUUGUUACCAUGUCAAUUUCUCAAUUCCAAAAAGCUUACAGCAAUGACAAUGUAUAGGGCUUUGGACUCUUUGUGUUGUUUAAUCCAUUUUAAAUAGUAGAGGCUCAGUAGAGUUUGAUUUAGGGAUACCAACGUCUUGUUUUUAUGACUUCUUAUUGGUCAACUCAAAAUCCGGAUUUAAAAUAUCUCUGCUGCUUUCUUUUGUGUAGGUGCGGUUGUGUUCGGUUCUUUGUUAUCCUUUUUCCCCCAUUAGGCAGAGGUCCUAAUUUUUACAUGGUAAAUGGAUUUGCUUUUAAAGUCUACACUUAGAGUUUACAUUCCUAAGUAGAAACCACAAGUUGGGUUACUUUUAUGCGCUACCUACAUUUUUAUGGCCAUGGAGAUUAACUGGAGAUUAUUUUUUGAAGUUUUGUACACUGUGUAAAUGUUUUCGGUAUUUACUACUUUAUACAGUAGCCUUGCGUCUUGUUCUUAACAGAUUUGUUGAAAUAAAAUUUGACGUAAAUAAAAUUGCUUGUUUUUCA